AAACAUUCUAUGAACACCUGCAGCAUCUAUCAGCGCAAAAUAUAGUUUUCUCACUCAAGGGAAAUUUUGAGUAAUUUAAUACAAAUGUCUAGUGGACGUUAAAAUAUAAUUCAAGGUUCUUAAUAAAACAAUAAAGAAGAAAAACGAAGAAAACAAUCAAACAAUAUAAACAUAACCUAUAACAAGUGAAAAGUGAAUUUCAAUUAAGUUUUGUGGAAUAGUAUUAAAAUAUUUAAUAUAAAUAAUAAAUCUACUAUGGACAACUUAAAAAUUAGAUUAGUGCAUCCUUCGUAUAAUUUAAAAGAAUUGUUGUUUUUUAAUUAUUCCAUCCAGAAAUACGUUGACACUUUAAUAAUAGGAUCAAAUGGAAGUAUAAAGGCGCAUAGUACAAUAUUAGUUGAAAAAAAUGAUGUAUUUAAAAACUUACUAUCAUCUCAAGAACACAAAGAGGAAAAAGUAGUGAAUCUACCUCAGUUUUCUAUUGAGGUUUUGAAGGUAAUAAUAGAAUUCAUGUAUAGGGGUGAUUCACGAUAUUUCAAAGAAAUCGAGAAAGAAGUAAAAAGUGCUAUAACGUAUUUUUUUGAUACCCCAAAAAUUUUACCAGAUUCGGAUUGUGUAGAGAUAAAACCUAUCGUUCCUGUUGUGAUUUUAUCUGAUAGUGACAAUGAUGAAAUAUGUGAUUCAUCCCAAUCUGAUCCAAGAAAUGUAAAGAACGAAACUGAUAUACAGAAAACAACUCGAACAAAGUCACCCACUCAGAAAAAAAGGGUCUUGAAUGAUGCUGAAGUAGACUCAACGCUAAAUGGCUAUGUAAUCAAAAAGAAAAAGAAAACUUUACAUAGUAAAUCUGUGAUUCAACCUAAACCAGCUCAAACUAAUCCUAAUGAAAGUAUUGUAAACUUAUCACCAUUAAAACAUCUUUCCCAAAUCUCAGUAAGUAGGAGAAAGAAAUUGGAAGAAGCAGAAGUUAUUAAAAAAAAUUUGUUUAAAACUUCUAAACUGCCUGAAGAAGGAUCAAAUAAAAGACAUGUUAAUCCAUUUGCAUCUUCAACAAUAAAACCUUCAAAUAAUCUUGAGUUACAAGGACCUUCAAUUCAAGAAGAGGCUUUAAAUACAAAAAAAAACAAAGUUAAUAUACUAGACCACACCAUCAUGGAAUCUCCAACUAUAGAAGCAUAUGAUAUACAGUCUCCAGAAUUUAUAAUUGAAGAACCUGCAAUUAUAAAUGAUUCUCCUACAAUUGCCCCAAGAACUAAUUUUCAAGAGUCUCUACUUACGAAUGUUGAAAAUCCAUUUAUAAAUGUUUCACCACAACUUGAAACUUUGGAUAUACUUAAUACAAACAUCUCACAAGAAUUUACAAAUUUGGAAGAAAUUGCUAACUGUAGAAAUAUUUCACAAGGACUAAUGCAAACUGAAGAAUCUCCAGCUGCCUCACAACAACCCACACAAAUGGACUCUCCCAGCUCACCAGAACUCGACGUUGUUCAAAAUAGUAGCUCAGGGGGUUUAUCUGAAGAAUUUACAGCUACAGAAGAAAUCACUACAUCAAAAAAUAAAAGCAACACCGUACCAGAGUCAACGAACAAAGAAUCUUCUAAUAAAUCUAAAAGUCCUAAGAAAGUUAUAAGAAAUAGAAUUGGUUUCGAUUCUUCAGAUGAUGAAGAAUAUCCAACAGGAAUAUCUACUUCAAACUGCACAAAAAAACUGAAAUCAAAAAAACCAAUGCAGGGUGAUGAAACAAGAUCCAAAAAAUCAAUAGAGGAUGAUAAAAAAAAAUCAGAAAAAUCAGAAAAUUCUGUUAUUGAUAUGUUGAAACAGCACUUACGUUAUCAGACUAGCAUUUGUGCAGUUUGUAUGAAAGAAGUUAAUAAUUUUAACACACAUUUCAAUAAAAAGCAUCACUCACUUACUAAAACAAUUUUUCCAUGUACAAAAUGUUCACACAAAUUCUUUUUUAAAGGUUUUCAUGAUGAGCAUCAAGCAAUUUGUACUAAAAAAUCGCAAUGUAUAUGUAUAGAGUGUAAGCCUUACUAGCACAAAAGUUGUUAAAUGGGCAAAUCAAGACUGCUAAAAUGAUCAGAUAUGAUAUUCUCACAUAAAAAGGCCAGAAUUAGAGGUUUGUUUAGCAUUCUGAUGGAAAGGGCUAAGAAAUUUUCUUAACACUAUUGUAUCUUCAAACUCCAAAAUAACUGUAAUUUGUUCAACACAUUAAAAGUGGUUCUCAAAUUAUUUAGUGGCGAUUUUUUUUUAUUAUAUGAGAUUUGCAUGCAUACUUAUACAAGGUGUCCCAUUAGUGUAUAUUUCAAUUUGGGUUAUAGACACGCAAACAAGUUUAAAAAAAACAUUUUCAAAAUAUUUUUUUGCCUAGCAAAUAAAAAUUUUUAUUUUAGUUUUAGAAUCGUGUGGCAAUUAGGCAUUCCAACGACCUGUCAAAAUUACUGCCUGUGGGCUUUGAUAGGGUCAAUGAUAUAGUUAUGUAGAUUGCUCAAAGUGAGUCCAUUUGCGAGCGGCUAUAUUGUCUUGCAAGUGCUCAUUGAUCAGAAUCGGUUUAGCAAAAAUGUGUUAUAAAUCCUUUUUUUUGAACAUCUGAAUAUAGUAAAAAAAUAAUUAACAAUAUUUUUGAAAAAACAUCUAUGCUCACUCUAUAUAACUCUAUAUUAUUAACCUUGUCAAAUCCUACAAAAUUGUCAUAUAAAUGCCCACGGACAACCAUUUUAUUUGGAAUACCUAAUACUGUAUUCAACUCUAAAAUAUUUAAAAAAAUAUAUUACAGGGUUGCCAAGCAAUUAAUUUUUUAGUACGGGAGGCAGCGCUGCAAAUGAAAAGAUAUUUUCAUCAAAUCUGAUUUAUAGUUUAAAUGCUUCUUUCUUUUCAAGUAUUGGUUAUGGAAACAUUAGAAACGGGUAAAAAACAUGCCAAAAAAAUUAAUUUCAUCAAACUUGAAAAUUUCUAGGACUAAUAUUCGAAUAAUACAAAAUUCAAAAAUAACAGUCAGAUGCAUUGACAAUGGUAAAUUAAUAAAUCUGUAAUAAAAAGUGAGGAUACAAACUUAAUUCAUAAAUUAUGAAACUUAUACAGCGUGUUUUUAAUAUAAUUAGAUUUAUGAAAAUAACAAUUAGCUGUGCUUCUAGUGCGGGUAAGACCGUCAGCUGGGGGGGUCACAUAGUUACCGAGCAUGCAUAGGAUUUAGGAUUUCAGCCUGUCAUAAUUUAAUUAACUAACCGACGAUUUUUCUCCCUAUUGUAUCGUCAGUUUUAUAAAAUGAAGCAUUUAAUUAACAAUAUAAAAAUUAUAUUCAUUAUGAAAUCAUUUUGACCAAUAUUUCACUACUUUUUUUUUCAAUUUAUGGCAUAGGUGUAUAUACCUAAUAUGCCAGUCUCAAGUUUGUGUUUUUAAAUUCUCAAUAAUGUGUGUUCUGUGUAGGCUUUGUCACUGUUUCCCAGCGCCACUUCAGGAACAGCACUGUUAAUUAGAACCCAACAAUCCAUGGUCGAGUGGGGAAUCCUACCAAGGCAUCAAAAUUAAUUUGAAAUAAUUAAAUUAAAUAAAAAAAUCCCGGCCAACGGUGGGAUUCAAACCUGGGACCCUUGGAUCCGCAGGCAGAGACUCUACCACUGAGCCACCCACCCCCUUAUUUCACUACUUGAAGUUUUUUUAUGCUAAUAACAAUUGAAGAUCUUAAUAACGAUCAUAUUUCCUCUAUUAUAUCGCCAACUAAUGAAGAGUUUUAUUAAAUUAAACAUUUAAAACAUUGAAUAUAAAAAUUCAAAUUAAUAUAAAAUUGUUCUGACCAAUAUUUUGUUGCUUUUGUUUAUAUUUUGAUUAUAUGUUUUAAAACCUGUCAUAAAUGUGGCUCAUUUUAAGUUCAAUUUUCUAAACAAUUUUAAAUACAACACCACUGUAUAAUAUUUUAGCAUUAAAUUCGUUAUGAAUUUACAUAUUCAACGACACCAACAUGUUAACCUAUUAUUUGUGUACAGCGUGUUCCAACAGCGCGUAACUGUUUUGUUAUUUAAGAUAUGAAGAAUUUGUGUACCUACUGUUGAUGACAAUAUUAUAAAACUAUUCUUAAAUAUACAAUGUAGUCCAUAAAUAAGGGAUGAACCAAACUUAUUCUUUUUAAACCAAUGCAUAUCAGAUUUGAUUGUUUUUAUAUCGUCAAACAAUUUUAAUAGAAACAAAAGGGCACGCAGCCUCUCAAAAUUAUAUUGUACUUAAAAUAUAUUAAAUUGAAACCACAACCUGUUUCGGCUAAUUCGCCAUUAUUCAGCCUUAAUAAUAUAAAUGAAGAAUAUAAUAAUCAGCUAAACAUUACGACACUGAUUAUUACAUACAGGGUGUUGCAUUAAAAUUAAGCACAUUGAAUUUAAAAUGAGCCAUAUUUAUGGAAGUUUUCAAAAUCAUCCGUAUAAAUUAAACCAGUUCUAAGUCUGUAAUCUAAAAAUUUUUGAAAUCAUUGUUAACCUACCUAAAUUAUGAUAAUUUUAUUUGGGGUCUGCAUAAUUCUCUAUUUUGUAGUAUUACCAGACCAUUGUUAAACUUAAAUAAAAUACAGUGUUCCAUUUAAAAAAUACACAUUUGUAUUUGCCAGACAAAGUGUAUCACCCUGUAUAUCCAAAAAUAUUUUUAAAGUAGGACUUUUUGAAAUCGAAACUUGUGUGCGUGUCUAUAACACAGAUUGAAAUAUCGGACAAUUACGCAUUAAUGGGACACCCUGUAUACAAUACAAUGCAGAUCACGGCCGUAACGUCUUUGAUUUUAUUUAUUUAUUUCUUCCACUUGACUGUAUUUACUGCUAUAUUUUUAUAGACGUCAAUGCGUUUAGAUAUCCUUCAAAUUGAAGAAGAAUUAUCCAGGUGUUGUACAUAAUCUCUUGAUUGCUUCCGGCCAUUUUUUAUCAGCCUUCUCUUCUUUCUCCAUACUUCUAAUAAUGCUUGUCUUUUGAGUUUCUUGGGACAUCUGGUACACAUACCUUAGUCAUCUUGGAGUUUGGGCUUCACUACAAUAUUCCUGGGCUAUUCUAUCUUUCUUAUACUUCUCCAUUAUAUGUAUUUUAUCUUUAAUUCCUCAUUACUUUUGUUUUCAUUAAAUUUCUAGUUUUUUAUGAACCAUUUUGUUCAUUAUUUCUUCUGCUUAUAUUGACUAUAUUAUCCCUACAUGCUGAAACUUUGUGACUGCUGUAUGAUAUAGUUAAGUUCAAAAAUAGUAGGUAGUAAUAGAAUAUCAGAAAGGUAUGAAAAAUGCUGACAGAGUUGCAGUAUAUGCCCACUGAAAAAUUUCCUCUUGCUAGUAACCUCUGAAAAUAUUUGGUACAUUGACAUAUGACCAUAAUUUUUCACAAAUUCUAUUUGUAUUAUUUCCGGAUUUAACUAUAGUGUGUUGUUAUUAUGGCCCGUAUACACCUGAGCAUCCGGGCCGAAUAUGCAUUCGGAUUCAGUAGGUAUCACAUACACAUCUGAAAUGGACAGUAGAGCGAGAUACUUGAGCUUCUAUUUGGGCAUCUCCAUGAAUGCUCUUAAUCAGUGCGCGUUUUCAACAAUAUGACAGAAGAAAGUCUGUCAGUAGCAAAAUUUGUGUUCGGCCCGAAUGCUUAGGUGUGUUCGCGUCUUUAGAGAGAUAUUGCAAAUUUAUAUAACGUCAGCCACUAAUAGUGAGAACGUAAUUAGAGCAAAUAAAUUCUAUGCUAAAAUAAAACUAAAUGCAAAUCUAAAGUUUUGACAUCCUUGUCCUUAUACAUAUUUCUAACCUCAUUUUAAUAACUUUAAAUGGUACAUAAUGUGAAAGAGGCAUUAGAAAUGCUCAUUUUAGAAGAUUUAGAUGAUAUUAAAUAUUUAAUAUAAAAACUUCGAAUUGAUACGAAUUUCGACAAGCGCACCCGAAAGCUCUUAAAGGCGGCACCUAUUUGCUGACCUUAUACAUCCACAUUAAUUAAGGACAGGUACUAUCUUUAAUAAAGUCAAUUCUAGAACUUAAACGAUCUGCGCAAGCUCAGAUGUCAAAAUAAGAGCGGCGCUAAUAGUGACUGGCCCUAAGUAAACUUGCAAUAUCUUUUUAAUUACACUCCUUUUACCAUUAAUUUUAAUAUUAAAAAUUUCCAUUGUUAUUAAUUUAUUCUUACAAUUUAUUAUCAAUUUUUAUUUAAUUUUUUUUUUAAUUUGACAUCCCGUAGUUAAUAUUUUAAUUGUUGUAUUUUUAAUUUAACUGAGAUUAUUAAAUGUGUAUAUGUUGCCCGUCACUAUCAUCUAAAAUGAAAUAUUUAAAUUAGGACGUUAAGUUUGUUAGAACAGUGCGCGACGCAAAAAUCACAGUCCGCUGAAAUCUAACAAUGUUAAUACAUGGUAUAUUGCAAUAGUUUGUUAGAGUCAGCAUAGUUAGGUAGACUGCAGGGUACGUCGACUGAUUAUGUCGAAAUUAAUUUGAGUUUGAUUUGGACUAUGAAGACUAGAGAUAAGGAGGCGAAUCGGCAUGCUCAAAAUACGAUCCCAAAAAUCACACGUCAAUUGAGCUUUUAUAAUUAACCGCAUGGGUGCGCUGGUACGGUUUACGUAGUUCAAAAUACAUGGCUUCUUAUGGGAAUUAUACAUAAUUUUGUCAAAAUAAUAAAAAUAAACUUGUUUAUAGCUAUAUAAAGCACAGAAUAUAGUGUUGUAUUUAUUUCUAAAUAAGUCUUACAUAUUUUAUUUGAUACAUUAUUUACUAUUUAUUCCUAUUAAAGUAAAAUUAUUGAUAAGUGUUGAAAUUUGAUGGGUAGGGCUAAUUAUUUUUAAUUAAAGCUAAAUAGGGCAGAGGGCAUACUAAGACACGGUUUAAAUGAAAAUAUUUAGUCAGGGAUUUUACAAAAUUUUAUGAAAAUAAUAAAAAUCAAAUUGUUUAUUGCUAACUAAAACACAGAAAAUACUGUUGAUUAUAAUUAUUGUAAAUAAGUCUUUGUUUUAAUUGCUAACUAAAGUACAGAAAAUACUGUUGGUAUUAAUUAUAAAUGAGUCUUUAUGUUGAACAUUAUUUACUAUUCAUUAUUUAAUUUUAUCUAAAUAAAAUGAAAAUUAGUUAUGACCAAAUUUGAAAAGGUUUGUUAAAUGGUGAAAUUUGGUAAGAACAGUUUUGUGGUAAUUUUGUAUUCGACAACUACAAUUUCAACAUCCUGGUGAAUAGUUUCUUUAGCAGCAAUAGGUUCUAGUAUUUUCUUCAUUUUUUUUAUUCUAACAUUCAGUUCGGUUCAAUGGUGGUUUUCGUCUUUUCCUAAUACUGGACAAGUAUGAAAGGAGAUUCGGGAAUAUACAUGGUAUUGCUUCGUUCUUUAAUCUCGGCCUUUCCUUUUAUUUUGUUAACAGUACCAUUAGUUAAAAUAGUCUCAUCAAAUUUUAAAAUAUCAUCUUCAAAAAAAAAAGUGUAGGUCGCAUGCUGCCGUUGUUCUAAACGUUUAGGGUCUUAUAAAAAUAUUUGCAAUGACUAAAUUGGAGUUUUCAUCUAACAUAAAAAAAUAUAAAAAAAGCAAAUUUUCUUUUCUAGUAAGUUAAAUUUAAUGUAUAAUUAUUGUUGUUUGUAAGUCAGAAUUUAUGACUUUAUUAUUUUUAUUAUAGAAUUUUGUAAUUAAAUAAACUCCACUCCGUAAGAUACGGGUUGUGACUAUUUUACAAUAAAUAUAUAUUAUUUAGAAAUAAAUACAUUAUUUUACUUACACUAGGAGCUUUAAAAAGACUUGGAUUUUUAUCUCCUGGUGUUUUCUUUAAUUUUAUAUCGGAUUUAUAUCCCGUUUUUCAAUCCGGAACGAAGCAAAUCCUGCUUUGCCGUUUUUUGUUACUCAUUGUUACUUGUAGUCAGGUUCUUUAUUUCAGCUUAUUUUUAUUCUUUUCACUAAAUUUUACAAAAAUCACUUUAAUUCCCAUUGACUUGCAUAGAAAAUAGACGUCGUUAUUUUUCCACCCGCCAACUACAGUAGAUUUUUGGAACUCCAUAAAAAUAGGGACGGAAAUUUGAAAUUUGACCAAGGCCGAUUCGCCUCCUUAUUUCUAGUCUUCAUAAUUAAGUCGCACUCGUUCAGCUGAGCAUACAGUAGACUGUCAAGUGAAACGAGGUUAGGAUUAUUUGUGUUAUAAUUAAAGCGAAACUGUUGUUUUCUUCUGAAGAGGAUGCAAUUUAAUUGUUUUGAUAGAGGAACAUCCCGCACUUUAUCAAGUGAAGAGCGAAAUCUACAAUAUUUUGGUCAUUACUACUUAAAAACUAGCAAUUCUUAUUCGUCUUCUUCUUCCAUUAAAAUAAUCGCAACUAACGCGUUAUUUAAUUCAUCGAAACUCAUUUUCACCUGCAUGUAUCAACAGAACAAGUUGAAUUGAUUUAUAUUAUAACAAACCAUUUCUGCUAAAACGGACGUGAGUCGAACGUGACAGAUUCUGACGUAUGCGUUCGUCGAGCGUCGCGCACUGUGUUAACAAACCAUAACUUAACUUUGAAAAAUAAUUACUUUUAAGUAGUAGUUACUUUAGCAGUCGGUUGACCUUAAAACUUUUGGUAUUCUGAAUUAAAUUGUUUAAUGUUUUAUUAAGAUCAUUGAUUUUCUACAGAAAAUUAGUUUUGUCAUCUCUAAAAUAUAUAUUUUGUCGUUUUAUUGAGUUUGUAAUUUGUAAUCUACAAAGGUCAGAUGUAGCCUUCGAUUUUGAGCUUAAAUAUCGUUCUGUAUUUGUUUUAUUGUACAGAUCUGGUCUAUUAUUGUGGAUCGUCAUUUUCGAUAUUGUAACGAGUGAUCUAUAAAAAAAUCUAAAGUAGGCGACAAAUAGUGUGAUAAUUAUGAACGCCUCUGGUUUAAAUCCAAACUGUCAUGGCCUAUUUUAGAAACAUUUUUUGUGGAUGACUCCAUAGUUAUUUAUGUAUUAGAGAAUAAUGUAGUCUUUUAAUGGAAGCAUGAAUGUUGCAUGCUGAGAUUGCAACCCCACAUUAGUUCAAAGUUAAAAUAUGUAAAUGUAGAAAUUCUAUUCAAUAAUAGGCAAAGAAAAACAAAACUAAUACGUGAUAAAUAUGCAAGCACCAAACCACACAGAGGUCAAGAGAUGGGCAAUGUGUUUUACAACUAUUAUAAAUAAAUUAUUUAUUUAACGUACUAUAUAUAUUUAAGCAUUGUGGACAAAUUAAAGACUUUAGAAAUUAAAAUAAAACAAUUUAUUAUUUGAACGAGAGAUAAUUGUUUGUAUUAAAAUAUAAAAAUAGCUAUAAAAAUACUUAUUGAUAUAUACGUAAUAUACAAGCAGGACCGUUCUUAGCCCCUCUACCGCCUUUGUGCAGGCAUGAAAAUGCGGCCCUUAUAUUUUAAAACUACAUUUUUUAUACAAAAAUUCUUUAUUAAAUACUCACUAAAAAUAUGAUAUUUAACAAGUAACAUCGUUAAAACAAAAUAUAAACCUUAUUAAUACUUAUAAUAAAAAAAAAAUAUUAAAGUAAAUAAUGAAAACAAAACAUUUCACAACAAAGGCUAUGCAUUUUAUCUAAACAUGAAACAAGUUGCAGAUUGCAGUACGAAAAAAAAAACCGAACUAAAAUUGGUUUUUACUACGUAGGUAUUUUUCUGGCUUCUAUUUUUGCGCACUCGUCAAUAAGUUACGAGUGAUCUAAAUUUUCACAAAUAUUUUAAAUUGCUAUUAUACUCAAAUCUGAGAUGUUUCUGUGACAUGGUAGAUCUCAGAUAGUUUUUAUUAUUAUUAUUUUUAUUUUGGGAAAUGAUCGCUCUCCAGAUUUAAUUGUUUUUUCCGUCUUAUAUAAACUUAUUGAAAAACUAGCUCUAUGUCAAUUUCUUUAGCUAAAGUAACGGCUUUUCCUUUGUCGAAAGUAGACACCAAACGUGCGGUUGUUUUUUGCGAACUUUACAACCAAAAAUAUACAAUAAAUCAAUUUUUAUUAUAUUGCAGCAUAAAAAAAACAAAUUGUUUGCAAUGUGAAUACUAAAGUGGGACUAAAGUUUUAAGCCUAGCUUCUGUGAAAUGCCUAAAGAGCAAACUGGACCUGUCGCGAAAGCAAACAUGUUUUAAUGAGUUUCAAAUAUAAAAUUGUAUUUAUUAGCGCGCCACUGGGAAUACUUCGCGAUAUUAUGUUUCUUGAGAAUAUAGAGAGCAUUAAAUUUGUUCAACGAUAAGGCAGCACUCUACAGAAAAAAAAGGGAAAUCCAUUUAAAAACUAUUAGAUACUUCAAAUUUUCAUAGAUUUAAUACAGAAUGUCACGUAAUUUUUUUUUAAAUUUUUUAACAUUUUCAAAAUAAAUGUUAUUAUUGGUAUUUCCUGAAAAUUUUACAAAAAUUGGACUAAAAAUAAAGGCUCUGAUGAAAUUAUAAAUUUUCAAGGUGUCCAGUUUGCUCUUAAGUAUGAAAUUUGGUUAUGCAUAUUUUUAUAUUCAAAAAGUAAAUGUAAUUAACUAUUUCUGCUAAUGGUCUGCGGUUGCCCUUAAUUUUGAUCGCCUUUGUUCCUGCGCGCCCCUAAGACGGCCCUGUAUAUACGUAAUUUAAAUCCGUAUUUGUCUAGGCAAGAUAAUCGCAAUUAGCGUGAACAUAAAUUUUUUUAUUGUGUAAUUUUUUCUUUGUCAAUUAUUAACUAGAUCUAUACAAUAUUUUUCCAUCCAACGAUAUGUGAAUUACUCCUACUCGUAAAUUAACGUAAAACUUUUGACAUAAUAAUAUGGAGACUUAUAUUUUAUAUAAAUAAAAAUUCUGCGCUAUCUAUAAACAAUCUACUUACUUUUUUAUGGGUUGAAUAUAAACAUAUUAAAUUUUAAAUAUUAAAUGUUAAGACUUAAGUAUUAUAUGCAAAAUAAAUAAAAGAACAAACACAUUUUUAAAACGAUUCAUGAUUAUUUUUAGAACAAGAAUAAUUUUUGAAUGUGACAGUUACUGCACUCUUCUGUUUUUUAAUCAAAUUACAAUUUUUAUAGAUAUUUAUUGAUAGAGAAAUACGACUUUGCUUAUCAAAAUAUGAUCGCAAGUACUUUUUUGUACUUUAAGGUAUAUUUCUGUUAUAUUUGUAAUUAUAAAAGAAAAUUAUUUUAACGAAAGUUGUUUUUGGUAUUAUUCUCUAUUAUAUUCGUCAAACACGUGAUUUCUCUAAAAUGAACCGUAAUGAAGAUAUUUUAGGAAAAGUGCAAAAUUUGAUUUUUUCAGUAUCUAUUUUCGUUGGUAAUAAAAUUAUUAAAUAAUAUUUUGAAUAAUUUUUAUCUGUAAUUCAUAUUCGAAACACUUUUUGAUUAGAUGGGCCGUACUCAAUAUUUUAAUAACUACAGGAAUAUUUGCACUUUUCCUCAAAUUUCUACAUUACGGGUUAUUUUAGAGAAAUCAAGUAUUGAACUAAAAUUAUAGAAAAUAACAUCACAAACAAUUUUUGUUGAAAUAAUUUGCUUAUACAGUGUUGUCGCAUUUAAGAUGAAGACACCCCUAUAUUUUGUCUAUCUAAAUUAAUACAGAUUUGAAGUUUUGCACAGUCAUACAGGGUGAUGGUUCACAUUUUUUAAGAUACUUAACUGGAGUUUAAUUUUUAAACGCGGCCUACUGCGAAUCCACAAACAGGGCAAUUUUUCGAUAUUUUUCUUCGCGUUAGAGAUAUCAGAAAAAGUUAUUUGAAAAAGUUGUUCCGAAUAUCAUUUUAACCCCACAUACCAAAUUUUAUGACAAAAUUCGCAUUUUUAGUUUUUUCAUUAUUUUGGUCAAUAGACAAAAUUAUUAAAAGUUGAUUUUUUUUAUUCGAUAAAUUAGUGUGCCAUGAAUAGGAAUAAUUUGACACUUGUGAAAUCCUUUCUAUGGCACACUAGUUUAUCGAAUAAAAAAAAUCCUUUUUUAAUAAUUUUGUGUAUUGAUCAAAAUAAUGAAAAAAACUAAAAAUGCGAAUUUUGUUAUAAAAUUUGGUGUGUGGAUUUAGAAUAAUAUUCGAAAUAAUCUCUAACGCAAAGAAAAAUAUCGAAAAUUGACCCUGUUUGUGGAUUCGCAGUAGGCCGUGUUUAAAAUUUAAAUAUCAGUUGAGUAUCUUGAAAACUGUGAACCAUCACCCUGUAUGACUGUGCAAAAUUUCAAAUCUGUAUUUACUUAGAUAGUUAAAAUAUAUGGGUGUCUUCAUCUUAAAUGCGACACACUGUAUAAUCAUAAAUAACCGAAAUAUGCCUUAAAGUAGAAAAAAAAAAAAUAAUAUUUAAUUAAACUACUUGCAGCCAUAUUUUGAUAGACAACCCGAUAAAUUCGUAUUUCUCUAUCAACAAAUAUCUAUAAAAACUGUAUUUUGAUUAAAUAACAGAUGAGUGCAAAAAUUAUACGGUCGGAUUUUAAACUGUUAUUUUAUAUCUCUAUUUAGUGCGUAAUGUUACCUUACAUACUUUCUCCAUAGUGCUCUCUUUGUCUCACAGCUAGUGUGAAUUUUUGCAGGAAAGCUUUUAACGUGUCGAAGAAUGGAAAAAUAAUUUAUAUAUACAUAUGCUAAAAAUUAUUUCUAUUUCUGAAUUACGUAACCUUGUACAUUCUAUAGAGCGUUACAAAAAGGCGGACCAUAAAUUCAUUGGAACAAAACAAAAUCGAUUUGACUAAAUGUACCUCAUUUGAUACCUACAUUAACAUAGUUUUAAUAGUUGGAAAACAUUUUUAACCAAACUUUCUUUAAGUUAAUAAUAAGUCUGUAUCGAGAUAUGUUUAAGAAAUCUUAUUUUUAUCCAAGCAAAUUUUAAAUUAUAUUUUAGUAACUUAAAAUUUUGUUAAAAUAUGCUGCCGAUUAUAAAACAAAAAUAUUUCGAAAACAGAAAGUUAUCGAGAGUUAUCAAGAGUUCCUUUUUGAAGUAAGCGAGUUGGUUAAAUUGUAUACUUACAACCCCUUGUUCCAGUGGCGUAGAUAUUUGAAGUACUCAAUUAUUAAUAAACUCUGACUCUUAGAUCUUUUUGAACUAUAUAUCAACGUACCAAACUUUAACAAACAAUUUUUAAAGCAGUAAAUUUAGUUAAAUAGCCUUGAUUUCGUCCCCUGAAUAUGUAUAAUCUAUUGCCUACCUUUUUAUAACACUCUGUAAAACCCGUAUAUAAUAAUUUUGAAC